AUGAAUUGGAUUUCAUUUGCUUAUCUAUGUUUUAUUGUCAAAAGCAUAUCUGGUGAUUUAAUAUCACAACCACUUAAGAACAAGGUGGUGUUUAUAGAUACCACUAUAGCAAAUGAGAUAGCCCGAAGCUAUUUGGGGUCAGAUAGUGGAAAUUCUACACAAGAUGAUUAUGAAAUAUUGUCAAUUGAAAAUGGCGUCAAUGAGGGGAACAUCACAUCCUAUUUAUGUCAGUUACCAAGAUCCAAGGAAUUGAAACUUCCAAACCACACGCCUACCAUGUCAACACAUGAAUUGAAAUCACGAGCUAUUGACUUGAUAUCGGAAUCCUUUGGGGAAGACAACAGUUGUUUAUAUUCUUUCAAUUUACAUGCAAACUACUGGACUAUAGGCUAUUGCCACGGGGCCAAUGUUAUCCAAUUCCACGAGAAUUUAGAUGAUUUUAUAAGUGGAGUUCACAAGCCCCAUUCUCCAGAUCAUGUAUAUACGUUAGGUAAAUUUCUGCACCAGACACUGCCAUCAGAAUUUGAGUUUGAUUCCCAUGAACGCACAAUAAGUCAAAGAUUACUAGGAGAAAUUUGUGACUUGACAGGUGAACCACGUACCAUUGAUACGGUUUACAGAUGUGACCAUAAGCUUGAGAUUGCCGAAUUAACUGAGAUAAGAACAUGUCAAUAUGAGUUGCAUAUUAACGUUCCCAAAUUGUGUCUGUUGCAGGAGUUUAGAAGGACUAAUCUUGAAGAGGGUGUCUUGGAAAUACUUUGUACGAAAAUUGAAUAA